ACCAGUCACUAGGCCAUGACAUCAACUUCCACAUCUUCAAAUUACCCACCUCUGACUUUGGCUUGCCCGAUGGAUGCGAGACUCUCCUCGCUCCCUCUGCCGGUUUUAUCUCUAAACUUUUCAUGGCCUUCGAGAAGCUCCAUGAACCCAUCGAAGCAACUCCUCCGAGAACGCCGCCCUGAUUGCAUCGUCAGCGACGUGUUCCAUCCAUGGACUGCCGACCUUGGUGCUCGCCUCGGCAUUUCCAGGUUCUUAUUCUAUGUUACAGGUUUGUUUUCUCUGUGUUGUGAAGAGAGCAUUCGACGGUAUGCACCACAUGACAAGGUAAAUUCUGAUGCAGAGAUAUUUGCUUUGCCUGGUCUCCCCGAUGAUAACAUCAUAUUUACCAACAGUAAAAUCCCAUACUGGUUUAAGGAGGAAGAAACUGGUUAUGGACAAUUACUCGACGAGGUUCUAAAGUCUGAGCUAAAAAGCUAUGGGGUUAUAGUUAACAGCUUUUACGAGUUGGAACCAGCUUAUGCUGAGUAUUUCAAGAAUGAAAUGGGCAGAAAGUUACGUCUCAUAGGACCGGUGUGUCUCUUCAACAAAGCAUUCGAAGAAAAGGCCGAGAGGGGUGCAAAGAACUCCAUUGAUGGAAAUACAAUUUUGAAAUGGCUCGACUCCAAACAACCCAAGUCAGUGCUUUAUGUUAGUUUCGGAAGUCAGGCUAGUAUGGCUCCCGAACAGUUCCUCGAGGUUGCUCAUGGGCUGGUCGAGACUUCUGGUUGUCCAUUCAUUUGGGUGGCCAGAGAUAUGUCAGAGUACGGCCAAGAAGAGAAAGAAAAGAAGGAAGAAGGCGAAAAUCGAUGCAAAAAGCUUCCAGAGGGAUUUGAAGAGAGGGUGACUUUAAGUCCGGACAAGGGUUGAUGGUAAAGAGUUGGGCACCACAGUUGCUAAUCUUAGAACAUGCCAACAUUGGAUGGAACUCGACGAUUGAGGGGAUAGGAGCAGGCGUUCCGAUGAUCACAUGGCCAUUGGUGGCAGACCAAUUCUUCAAUGAAAGCAUCGUUGUGGAUGUGUUGAAGACCGGGAUUCGAGUGGGGAAUGAGGAAUGGUUGUCGUAUAUUUGGGAACCCAAGGUGACGGUGACUAGGGAGAAAGUGGAGGCAGCGGUGGAGUGGUUGAUGGCUGGUAAUGGUGGUGAUGAAGUGGAGGACAUGUGAAGGCGAGCAAAAGAGGUGAGCGAGAAGGCUAAGAAAGCUGUAGACCAUGGUGGCUCAUCUAACGCCGAUGCUAUUGCUUUGAUCAAUGAACUUAAAUCUCGUCGUCACAGUGUUUGUGCAAAUAAAUGAUGAUUCUAGUAUAG